UGAUUUAAUUUUAACUGAAUGUGUAAUCUCAUUUAAAGGCGUUGGUGUCGUUACUGGUGCAGUACGGUUAACGUACCGUGAAACAGAAACAGAAAGUGCGUUUGCAUGGCGCUUUUUAGAAAGUUCAAGCUGUCCUAAGGACGACAAUAAACAUUAUGGUUUGGAGUUUGGGGCCUUUUAUUAUUGCGAUUUUAUGCUUAGGUGUAAAUGGAUCUGUUGAUGUUCAGUGGCUUCCUUGUGAGUUUGUGGAUGAGAAAGUGCACGUGAAUGAGGAGGGCCACAUAGAGACUCAGUAUAUCUACAGAAAGGCGGUGAUUCAGUUUGGUAAUGUUGGUGACAGCCCUUUAUACCCCACUAUAACCUUUCUUGUUACUGCUUCUAAAGUAGACAUGAGGCGUUAUGUGGAGGGAGGUGAUGAUGACAGAUUAAACUGUGAGAUCCGUAGAUACAGCACAGUAGAUAAAGGGCAUGUAAAGCGGUGGCCUACUAUGGGAGCACAAGAGUAUGAUGUCUGGUUCAGCUGUACUUUACGUCAUAAAGGCGAGUUCAUCAUCACCACUUUCCUCAGACACACACCUUCUGAUCCUGCCAAAGGAAAGGUGGACUAUCUUCAAUGGCUACCAGUUAAUGAUAAAGAUCUCCUGACAACAUCAGCUGUGAUGGUUGUCCUGACACAGACCCCUUCUGUAGAAGUGGGGUUUCUGAAGGAGCCGACUCUAGACUGUCAGUUUGCAGUGGAUCACAAGAAUGCCAACGUAACAGUGGAUUGGAAAAUUCAGAGAAGUCACGGGAAACGCAGCCAGCUGUUUAGCUACACCAGUCGUACAGGGACAUCUGAGGGUACAGGAGUGUCCGUCAAAGGCAUCAGUGUCGGAAACGCCUCCUUUAAACUUUCACCCACCAGAAAAAAUUCAGAGGGCACUUACAUCUGCUCCAUUCUCGUCCCUCCUCUUCAUGGCAGCCAUAAUAUACUUCUUCAUCUAAGAGAACAACCCCGUGUGUCUUUGAAUGUGGGCUCUACGUUGUCUCUGACACUUGGUGAGGGGCAUAAGGUUGCGUGUGAUGCAGAAGGAUACUAUCCAAUGGAUGUGAACAUUGAAUGGUUACGAGAACAAGUCAGCGACAGCCCGUCACCUGUGUUCCUGAAAAAUGCUUGGCACUCCAGUCAUCGGUUUCACCACAAUGGCACAUACUCGCUCUCAGCCUUUCUUCAAUUACAGCCUGGCCUGGAGGACUCAGGAUAUAAGUACACUUGCGAAGUAUCCCAUACGUCUUUGCUUGUUCCCAUUCGAAAAAGCUUCAUCCUCUCAGUCACAGAACCUGAUUUGACUAUGUGGUAUAUCGAAAUCAUUGGACUUAAUGGUGUCAUUUUAGGAAUUGUGUUUAAGCUGCUGUGUCACUUCAUUCCUUCUCGAAAAGGUGCCUUUAGGGUGAGAAAUUACUAUAGAAAAAAAUGAUACCAGCAUAAUUUGUGCAAAUUAUUUAAAUGAUCUUUAAUGUGAAUAAGAUGAAUGGGCUCUCUGUGAUGUUUGUUAAUGUGCACCAGUAUGUGAAUGUAUUGGCAUGUGUGAAAGUAUGAUGUAAGUGUAUAAGUGUUUAUUUGCCAUAUGUACAGCGACACAUACUGUAUGUUUAGACUGUGUGUCUUGUGUGCAGAGGUUCUGAGAGCACAUGCCUGAAGAUUUCAAGAGCGACGCCAUGGAAACCGAGAGCACCUCCUCUUCUUUCUCACUGCUUGUGUUAUAAGAUCAGGUCAAAUCUUAUGGUUUAUGAUGUUUACAAUAGCCUGUUAAAACCCUAACUAUUUUUAUAGGCUCCCAUGACAGAAAUAAGACCUUAAGAAAUUUAGAAGAUUCACUGCUUUGAAAAAUGCACUUUAACACAAUUAUGAAAUCAUUCACUUUUUAAGUUAAUUUAAUUUAUUUUUAAAAAUAUGCAUUUGUUUUUAAACACGAAUGAGAUACAAACUAUAAAUCGUGAAUUUCCAUGCUAAUUUAUGCAAGAUAUAAAAACUUUUUGUGUGGUUAACAAAAUUGAUUUAAUAAAAAGAAAACUUGGUAACGCUUUACAAUAAGGUUGCAUUUGUUAACAAUAAGUUAAUGUGUUACCUAACAUAAAUUUAGCAUUUACUAAUAUAUUAUUAAAAUCAAACAUUUAAACUGUUAACAUUAGUUAAUGCACCAUGAACUAACAUGAAUAACUGGAUUGACAUUAACUAAUAUUGACAAGAAGGAAUAAAUGCUGAAAAACAGCAUUGCUCAUUGUUUGUUCAUGUUAGUUAAAGGUGCAGUGUGUAAUUUUUAAAAGGAUCUUUUGACAGAAAUGCAAAACAAUAUACAAAACCAUAUUAUCAGUGGUGUAUAAAGACCUUUUUAUAAUGACCCGUUAUGUUUUAUUACCUUAGAAUGAGACGUUUUUAUCUACAUACACCGAGGGUCCCCUUACUUGUAAGUCGCCAUUUUGUGCCGCCAUGUUUCUACAGAAGCCCUUAACGGACAAACUUUUUUUUUGCUAAGUUGUCUCCGUCAAUUACAUGUUUUUCCGGUGGCGGCUACUGUAGCUUCUCUAUGCGUUUCAAAAGCGAGGGGUGAGCAGUGGACUGAGCUGUUGGUUGCAAUUCGCAACCUCACCACUAGAUGCCGCUAAAAUUUACACAUUGCACCUUUAAUGCAUUUACUAAUGUUUACUACAACCUUAUCGUAAAGUGUUACCUAAAAUCUUUGAAGGAACAUUGUGUAUGAGCUUUAAUUUUUUUAUUUUUUUUAAUAUGUUGAGCAGUAAAAAUAUGUGUGUUGAAAACACUUUUACACUCUCAGGAUCGUUCUGUCCUUUUGCUGUUUUAAUUUAUUUUUACACUGUUUAUUGUCAUGAUCCUGUCAGCUUUUUAUAUGUUUCAUGCAACGGGGUCAUGGCAGCCCUCACUGUUGUCUUGUUUUGUGUGGAGAGUCACGUGGCCUGUUUAUGUUUUGUGUAACUCGUGCUCUCCUGUCUUAAGUCUUGACCCUGCCCUCUCGUUUCCUUGUUAAUUGUUCAUUAUUAGUUUGCGCCCUUUACCUGUGUGUACUUGUAGUUUUAACCUAUUUUAAGCCAUUGUGUGCGAUGUCCCGUGUCGGAUCAUUGUGUGUAUGUGUCACGUUUGACACCGUCAUGGGUCCUGUCUUGGUUUGCCUUGUUUUAUGUAAUCAUUUAUAUUCAUGUCUUGUUUACCCCCUUGAGGGUGUUUCUGUUAUAUAAUAAAAGUCUUUUUGGUUGAGAGC